AUGAUUUUUGAACCUGCAGCCAGGGCCCCGGUGCCCUGCACCGAUGUGAUCUCCUAUGUCUUUUCUGACCCGCCAUACGAUCAUGAUGAACCGAUCUACGUCGAUGUCCACAAUCCCUCUCGCUCCAUUUCCUACAACCAAGCCCGGACCAUUGUUCGUCAACUGGUCUCUGGGCUGCGCGCCUGGGGCGUGCAAAAAGGCGACUGUGUCGCCAUUCACUCUUUCAAUGAUAUCUACUAUACCAUGCUGGUCCUGGCGAUCGUUGGCGCAGGAGGGAUUUUUACAGGAUCGAAUCCAGCCUACACAGCUUUUGAAUUAGGCCAUCAUUUCCGCUCUUCGGCUACGAACUUCGUCAUCACAGAGCCAGAACAUUUAGAUGCAAUAACUACGGCGGCGAAAGCGGCAUCAAUCCCAGAGCAUCGGAUUCGGGUAUUCGAUGUUCUUGGGCAGUCAGUACCAGAUGGAGCGGUGUCCUGGACGGAGCUGCUCGAACAUGGUGAACAAGACUGGGUACGGUUUGAUGACGAGAAUCUUUCCAGGACAACUACUGCAGCCAGGCUGUUUAGUAGUGGGACGACGGGGCUUCCCAAGGCGGCUGAGAUCACGCAUAUGAAUCUUGUCGCCCAGCACGAGUUCGUGUUCGAGUUUAAUCCGAGGCCAUGGAGGGUAGUCAUCGCCGUUCCUCUCUUCCACGCUGCCGCUGCUCCCAGCAGCCAUUUCGGCAGCCUAAAAGCCGGCCAUAUCAACUACGUCAUGCGGCGCUUCGACCUACCCCUCUUUUUGCAGACGGUUGAAAAAUACCAAGUUACCGAGAUGGCCAUUGUUCCGCCCAUUGCCAUUGCCAUCAUCAUGCAUCCGAUGUCUUACGAACGGGGCUAUCUGCGUUCGAUCCGGGCGAGUAAUCUUGGCGCGGCACCAAUGGACAAAGAUGCCCAAAAACGGUUCCAAAGGCUACUCGGCCCAGGGGCCAAUUGUACGCAGGUUUGGGGUAUGACAGAGACAUGUUGUAUCGCGACAAUGUUCCGGUGGGAUGAAGGGGAUGAGACAGGGUCGGUGGGGAGGUUGGUGCCGAACAUGGAGGCUAAAUUAGUAGACGACAACGGCACCGAUAUCUCCGACUAUGGAGUGCGAGGCGAGCUGUGUGUCCGCGGUCCUGCCGUCACACCUGGGUACUUCAACAAUCCGGUCGCCAAUGCGGAAUCUUUCGAUGAGCAGGGCUGGUUCCACACCGGGGACAUCGCGUAUUGCGAUUGUGCAACACAGAAAUGGUACAUAGUUGAUCGCAAGAAGGAGCUCAUCAAGGUCCGAGGAUUUCAAGUUGCUCCACCGGAACUGGAAGCCGUGUUGUUGGCGCAUCCGCUCAUUGUGGAUGCCGCCGUGAUUGGGUUGCGGGAUGUGGUCCCGGGGACGGAGCUGCCGCGAGCGUACGUGGUCCGCCGACCUGAGACCGAUGAGAGCAAGUUGACAGAGGAUAUGGUCAAGAGCUGGUUACUAGAGAGGCUGGCGGGAUAUAAAGCGCUCACCGGGGGAGUCAAAUUUGUACCGAGCAUACCCAAAACGGCAAGUGGCAAGAUUCUCAAGCGAGUGUUGAGAGAAGAGAGUCGCAGGGAAGUCAAGGAGAGUGGAUGGAGACCGAGGUUAUAG